UUCGAUGAAAUUACUCCGAACGUAAUCGGACACGCAUCAAAACCAUAAUACAUUUCUUCUUCUAACAAAAUUUAAAAAUAAAAAUAAAAAACCGAGACAGAGAGUCGGCAACUCGCGAUCCAACCCUUCGUGUUAUCACUCAUAAUUUUAGGGUUUCUGCGAUUCGCUUGAUCAAAUAAUCGGCCAAUCACGAUCGCCUUUGAGCUAUGUUCAAGUUCUGGGGUUCACAGGAGCAACAAGCUCAACCACGUCCACAAGAUGGUUCUCCACAGUCUUGGUACCCUCCAUCUGUAGUCUCCCCAAGUUCUUCCCGCCCUUCAACAUCUAGUCUCAGCUCUUCUGGCAGUUUCAAUCCAACAAGGCCUGCAGAGCGGCCACAGUCCCCGUCACAUGUUUCGCCGGCUGAAGCUGCCAGCAUUAUUGCUCUCUUGAAGGACAAAAGCAUUGAUGAGUUACGGAGGCUUUUGUCUGACAAGGAUGCCUACCACCAAUUUUUACUUGCAAUUGAUCAAGUAAAAAUUCAAAACAAAAUAAGGGAUGAACUACAGAUGGAAACAUUGCAGCUUGCUAGGGAGAACUUAGAGAAGGAACCACGCAUCAUGGAGCUUAAAAAUCAAAGCAGAAUUAUCCGGACAACAGAAUUGGCUGCUGCUCAGGAGAAAUUGCAUGAACUCGAGAAACAGAAAGAAGAGCUUUUGAAGUUCUACUCCCCUGGAUCCCUUCUCCACAGGCUUCAAGAAGCAAUGGAUAAGACGGAGGAGGAAUCUGAGAUGCUGCACGCUCAGCUCCUCAAUAAAGAAAUAGAUACCAGCGCUUUUGUGCAAAAGUACAAGAAGCUUCGGACAACUUACCACCGGCGAGCCCUUGUCCAUCUUGCAGCUAAAACAUCCUCUUUUGGUUGACCUGUGGAAAGAGUUGACUAUCUAAUAUAUACAUAAAUACCGAGAAUGCAGUUUGUUUCAUUGUAUGAAAUCCAACUAUUAGAUAUAGUUUAUUUUUCUACUUGUAUCAUUUCGUGAAACCUUUGUGAUAUAGUCUCUUUUUUCUUUGGUUUUCAAAAUGUCUGCCUAAUUUAUAAGGUGGCUUUGUUCAUGUUAUCAUGUUAUUUUGUAUUGAAAUAAAAAUUAAUUCUUCA